GAGAUCAGCACGACGCUUCUGGCUGCCAAGAUCUCCCCACUGCUGACCAUGGGCAAGAAAGUUGCUGUUGUCCUCUCGGGCUGCGGGGUGUAUGAUGGGAGCGAAGUCCACGAGUCUUCAGCUGUCCUGGUGCAUCUCAGCAGGGAUGGCGCCCAGGCAGAAAUUUAUGCUCCGAACAUCGACCAAAUGCACGUGGUGAACCACAUCAAAGGGCAGCCAACUGAGGAGAAACGCAACGUCUUGGUGGAGAGUGCCAGGAUCGCCAGAGGCAACAUCAAAGAUCUGGCCACGCUGAACGUGAAGGAACUAGAUGCACUCAUCAUCCCAGGUGGCUUUGGAGUGGCUAAAAACCUUUGCUCUUGGGCCGUGCACGGGAAGGACUGUACAGUCUGCAAACCCGUGGAAGAUACCAUCAAGGCCUUCCACGCUGCCAAGAAGCCCAUAGGUCUGUGCUGCAUCUCUCCCGUGCUGGCAGCCAAAAUUCUCCCCGGAUGCGAGGUCACCGUUGGGCAGGACGCAGAAUGCGAGAAGUGGCCCUAUGCCAAGACCGCCAGUGCCCUGAAGGAGAUGGGCUGCAAACACGUGAACAAAAAUGUCGAUGAGGUCCACGUGGAUGUGAAGAACAAGCUGGUGACCACGAGCGCUUUCAUGUGCAAUGCGCCCAUCCACACCAUCUACGAAGGCGUUGGAAAGAUGGUCAAAGAAGUGCUAAAGCUUGCUUGAAGACCCGAGGGGAAGUGGUGUGCUGGAA